AUGAGCUUUGGAAUUAGGCCUGAAAUACAAAUGUCAACUUGUGAUCUUAAGAAGUCCCGCGCAGACAAAGGACGCCCCGCGCUCCCCGAGGCGAGGCCAGGCCCGACCCGGUGGGCGGGCGGCGGUCUCCGAAGCAGAAGCGGUGCGCGUCCUUCGCGCUCCGGCCACGACCAGAGAGCCAAGCCGGCCGAGCCCCGGCCCCGGCCCCGUCCGUCGCCCUCGCCGCAGCCCGCCGCCCGCGCAGCGUCCCGCCCGCGCCCUCGCCCCCACGCGCACCCGGCUGGCCCACACCUAAGCCCCGCUCCGCGGCCCGGGCAGUCCUCACAGCAGAGGCCCAGCAGUCUGCGCUCCCCGCCAGGCGCGUCGAACUCUACCCACCGGGCUGCAGAGUGCCGGAUCCGGAUCCGGCUUCAGCGCAACCCCACCUCCUGCCCUAGCAGCGCCACAGCGGGGAACCGCGGCCCAGACAAGGCAGGGCCUGGACGAGGCGGGCCCACACCUCCGCCCCGCCCUCACCGCUCUCGCGGGGCGGAGGGGCGGGGCCACACGUGUCAGCGCUCGGGGGCGGUGGCGGCGGCACCGGAAGUCCGCCCACCGGAAGCACGUCCUCGCGGACCAGGACUUUCGCCGCGUCAGUCUCCGUGUGACGAAAUAAAUCUACCUGGGAGUCACUCACUGAGCAACGUCUCUGAAUUGACAAGCUCUCCUGCUAACAGCCAGCAUUCCCUCUCACCUGCUCACCUCACAGGCUGCUCUGCACCUGUUACUUCGCUGAUUCCUUGUGGAAACGCAGGAGACCUACGUGGAAUUCGCUGGGAAGAGCUGGCUUUGAGGGUUAUUUGUGGCCGAAGUCUUCCCAGAUCCCUUCCCAGCAGCUUCACCGAGCACAACUUGUCUCAGAAGAGCAGAGCUGGGCACAUCUGCCAGGGUCUAAGGUCCCGGCACACUCCUGGCCGGGUCGCAGAUUCCCACGCUGCAUCUGUCUGGCCGGAGGUCUGCGAUUCCUCUCCUUCUCUCUCCUCUCCCCUGAGGGUGUUUCUGGUUCCUCUCUCCUCAUCCCCACUGCAGGGAGCAUCCUCGAAUUCGGGUUGGCUUCCCAUGGGCUGCUCCUCGGCCUCCUGCAUGUGGAAGCUUCCACUACCUUUUUCUUCCUCCUUCAUCUUUGUUCCUAGUAUGCUUGUUAUUUUUAUUUUUCUCUUUUAAAAACACAAGCAUUUAAAACUAAUUUAGGUAAGAGCUAGUGCUUCGUAGGUCCAUGUGCCUUGGGAUGAUUCUGAAUGGUUUAUCUCCCUCAAUUCUGGUUUUUCCCAUCUGCACUUCAAAAAUAGUUGGUUAAAUUUAGAUUCAUUCGGGUAACUUAAGCAUGUACCACAUUACUCCGCAUGAUUCUCUGAGAAUUUUAACCACUUUCUUUUCGUUUUUAAAAUCGCUCUUUGAGGUUUCCACAAAUGUUUAUGGAGGCUGUUCCCCUUCCUGUGUUGGGUUUGGAUUUCUCAAGCGCUGGAGCCUUGCUUCCUGCCCUGUGCCCCCGUCCUCCCCCGGGCUCCCCCGUCCCCAGCCCUGCUGUGUCCCCAGAUCAGCCAUUUCCCUGGGUCACUCCGGCCCUCACUUUCGCUCUGCUUCGUGAACGCUUAUCACCCCCGUCGCUGAGUUAGUCGUAAAAGGCCACGUGGCACAUGCCACCCUGCUCGGGGGCUGUCUUCCAAGCGCUUCACGGAAGUCUUCAUCUCGGGCCCUGCACUGCUUGCUUAGCAGUCUCUCCCUGCUGCACACUCGCAGAAUUAGAUUUAUUGAAAGAUCACAGCCUCUUGCUUUCUGCUUUCCACUGUCAGCUCUAGUAACCUACUUGAGUCUUCAGCUGUGUAAGAAAAGUUCUUCCCUUUCUCAGAACAAGCAUCAGCUGUCUGGUGUUAUGGACCUCCUCGGGAUCCACAAAGGCCGAGGAACGCGUCUGAAUGUGGAGAUCUCUUGGAAGCAAACGGCCUGAGUGGCCUCCAGAGACUUGUUUCCUUAGCAACAGCGCCCGAGUAUGAGGCCCCGAACAAUUUGUUGUUAUCCAUUCCCUCCUCAAAAAUAUAGUUGCCUAGCAGAUUGCAGCAGACCUCGGCCCAGGCUUGGACUGAACCCUGCCCCUCAACUCAGUCUCUCAGGAUAUGAAACAGCAGGGUCGUAUCAGGUUUAGUGCUACAGGUUUAGAAAUAAUUUUUGUUUCUUUUUGUUUUGUUUUUUUGGUACCGGGGAUUGAACUCGGGUCCUUGCGCCUGCACAGCAGGCAGCGAAACCACUGAGCUAAAUCCCCGGCCCUAAUUUUUGUUUCUAAAGCAACAUAAUUUGACCUCAAGCUUUGUGGGGCUACAGAAAACACCACUGAAUUCAUGUUGUUUACCUAAAACAAGAUAAAAAGCUGAACAAACAAAAACUCUAGAGGUUGUGCAUUCCACAGAUUUUCUUAACCAGUGACAAUUAAGGAAAACAUCUGUCCAGUCCCCUCUUGGAGCUUCAUAGGAAGAAUUCUGAGCAUGUGGAAGAGGUCACGUUCACAAGUGCAGCCUCCACCUAUAGCACAGGACGGAACUCUGUCCCGACUUCCUGCUGAGGAUACGGAGAAGGCAUUUACUCUUCCUGAUGUGGUUGCUUCCAGCAGACUGUAGGAAAGGAAGUUUCUUUGCCACUGCCUGGUGGCACGUCAUUGGUCCGCUGAAUGUAGAGAUGGACAGAAGGCCAAUCAGAAGAAGCCACACAACCUGGACAAGCAGGCUUCUGAGAACGCCUGUGUUAUGGUUUGGGUCUAGAUGUCCCCUCAAAGCCUCAUGUGGCCAUAGGCUUGAUCUAGAGUGUGUGAAGCUGAAAUUGAUUCAUGAUGCAAUCCUAGGCUGAAGGGCACUAGGAUCAAGAGUGUGAGUGCUACCCGCCCUCAGUAGUCUGAAUAAAAGGGGCAGGAAAAUGCUGUUAACUCUCUUGUUAUCAUUUCUGCCUUGUGUGUGCCAUGUUGCUUCUGCUCUGCCAUGCCUUGUUUGUCGUCCCUGCCUUGGAAUCGGCUGAUUGUAGACUGAAACCUCUAUGAACUGUAAGCUAAAUAAACCCUUUCCCCUUUAA